UGGAGGGUUUUGGAAGGGUUUAAGCACGAGAGGGAGUGAGAGAGCGCGAGCAAGGGAGAGGCCAUGGCGUCCUUCACUACACUGUCUCGUCUGACCCGUUCCCUCUUCAGAAUCUCAGAGUGGUCGACGCGUCCUGCGUCGCAUUGGCGGAAUCUCUGCACUUCUCGUUCCGGCGAUGAAGAAACCGAGGAAAGAAGCGGCUCAUCAUCGGACUCUUCGGAAAGUGACUCCGACGUCCCGGAAAACGCCAUCGAGGAACAAUCAGCGUCCCCUUCUCCGCCCACCACUGGUUUGAACCAAAGGGGGUUUCCUUACCUUCUCGACAACGGCAUGGACGCCGGUAUCUACAAGGCGAUCUUGGUGGGGCAGGUUGGGCAGUCGCCGGUGCAGAAGAAGCUGAAGAACGGGCGGACAGUGACUCUUUUCUCGGUUGGAACGGGAGGGAUCAGAAACAAUCGCCGGCCAUUUGAUAAUGAAGAUCCAAAGGAAUACGCGGGGCGAUGUGCGGUGCAGUGGCACCGUACCUGCAUCUACCCGGAGCCAUUGGGCAGAGUCGCAAUGGAGCACGUGAAAUUAGGGUCAAUUCUGUAUAUUGAAGGGAAUUUGGAGACUAAGGUGUUUACUGAUCCCAUAACGGGUCUUCCCAGGCGUCUGCGAGAAAUUGCCAUUCGUGCGGAUGGUAGAUUGGUAUUCUUGAGUAAAGAAAGUGAUACUGGGGAGCCACCUUCAGCAGUUGUAAGAAACGUAGGCUAUUUUUGAAGCUCUUGCUUGUGGCUUUAUUGGGAUAAGAGGAAAGUUCCGGUUCACUCAAUAGUGACUUUAUGAUAAUGGUUUGAACAGUAAAGCCUGGCAGCAUGCAUGUGGUUCAUUCAGCAGUUGUCUAGGAUAACGUCUCCAAUUGAAAGCUCCUUUUCUUUUUGUGAUUUGUACCAGGCAGCAACAGUGUCCUUCACCAGAAUAGACACCCAGCAACAGAAAGGGAGGUGUGGCAGGUGGAAAUUGUUUCCACUUUUAUUCAUGAUAUUCACAAGAUUAAGGCUUCUUUUAGCAGUUGGGUCAAUUUGAGCUUUAUCAUUGGUCAAGCGUUUGGCUGUCUUCUACUUUAGUAUUGCAUUUCCCAUAUUUAUUAUCUUAUCUUCUACUUUAAUUUGCAAUUCC